CCCUUUACUUUUGGCAUGGUUCGGGCUGGAAGGCUGUCAGAAGGGACGAAUGCGCUGGGAAGGGCUGGGGGAGCGCGGGGAGGAGGCUGCCAGCGGCAGGGCGGGGCGGCAGCCCGCCAACGACCCAGAGGACUGGGGGAAACAGGUUUGCUAGAGACGAGUGUGCGGCAGAAAUUCCAGUUUUUGCUGCAGCCCCUGGGGGCUCCCAGCGUGCCCCGGGAAUGUCACCGGCGGCGGCCGAUCCCUCAGGAAUGUCACCGGCGGCGGCCGAUCCCUCAGGAAUGUCACCGCGGCGGGGCGGGGCCCGCGGGGAGGCGUGGUCCCGCCCCUAAGCCCCGCCUCUCGCGCCCCAUUGGCUGCCGUCGGCCCCGCCGCUGCCGCCAUUGGCUGGUGCGCGGGCGGGUUUCCCGCGCGCGGCGGGGGCGAUGGCGGCGGAGCGCGGCAUGGAGCUGGUGCGGGAGCUGCACCGCGCCGCCGGCGGGCACCUCCCGCCCUUCCGGACGGAGGAGAUGCGGCAGGCGCUGGAGGAGAUGCGGGCGCUGUACGAGCGGAACCAGGCCGAUGUGUGAGUUGCGCGCCGCUCCCGGCGCGUCCCGCACGGCUCGGGCGGCGCUCCCCGGCCCGCAGCUCUCCUCCUACUCCUCUUUCUCCCUCCCCUCAUCCCCCAGGUCCGAAGCGAAGGCGGGACGGACGGACCUGAUUUUCCUCAUCCGGUUCCGGCACUGCUGCCUGCUCCGGAACCAGCGCUGCCUGCUGGCCUACCUGUAUGACCGGUUGCUGCGGAUCCGAGCGCUGAGGUGGGAGUACGGCAGCGUUCUGCCCAGCACCAUCCAGUUCCACAUGGCAGCUGAGGAAGUGGAGUGGUUCAAUCGGUACAAAAAGUCUCUGGCUACCUACAUGAGGUCAGUAGGAGGAGAGGAGGGGCUGGACCUCACACAGGACAUCAAACCUCCUAAAAGCCUCUACAUUGAAGUGCGGUGUUUAAAAGACCACGGGGAGUUUGAGAUCGAUGAUGGCACUACCAUCCUGUUGAAGAAGAACAGCCAGCACUUUUUACCCCGCUGGAAAUGUGAGCAGUUGAUCAGACAAGGAAUCCUGGAGCACGUUCUGUCCUAAGUGUGCAGGACAGGAGGGACAGCUUGGUGACCUGCCCAUGAUGGGGACUGAGUUCUGGUGUGUGCAGGACUUCAGAGACCUCAGUAUUUCUGCAGUGGCACCCUGCCACUCCUCCUAACAUCUCUGAUGCCUUAAAACCAUGUCUCUUCAUGAGCAAAGGGUGCAAGCUGGUAAUAUAACAAUCCUGGGAGUCCAGGAUAGUGGGGGGGCAUUAUCCCAGCCCCACAGCUACACCCAGGGUUCGUGAAUGCAUUUUUGUUUGGAAUAGUUCUUUGUUCACACUGUGCAGGUAAGACACCAACUGGCUGGGUUCUGGAAGCCAGGAAAACUUCAUGGUUGCAAAAUAAAGAACUCCUUCAGCCUCA